UGCUCUUCACAUCCCAAACGCUGUUUCCCCUGGGUCCUCCCUGGCCUCUUUCUCCCCUCCUCUAGGAUUUAACCUCUCCUCAGAGAGUGGGCAUCUUUGAGGACUCACACCCUUAGCUGCUCCACUCCCGGAUGGAGCCAGGGAAAUGUGGUGGGGGGGCCGGGGCCAGAGGUUCAACAUUGCCCCCCAGAAGGAGCAGCCAGAGAUGGGGCUCUCUGGACCAAAGUCUGACACAGGCAGCAGGAUGCCGGAGCCCAGCAGUCACCAGCUUGGCAGUCACCAGCUUGGCGGUUGUCUGGCCUCUGGUUGCCUCCCAGGGGAGAAGAUCCUAGCAUGGGCACCAGGGCUGAGGAAAGGGCAAGAACUGGAACUACCUGGAACUCUGAUCUGCACUAACUUUAGGGUCACCUUCCAACCUUGUGGAUGGCAGCGAAAUCAGGAUACUCCCCUGAGCAGUGAAUAUGAUUUUGCUUUGAUCAACAUUGGGCGAUUGGAGGCUGUGAGUGGCUUGUCAAGGGUGCAGCUCCUCCGUCCAGGGUCCCAGCUUAAGUUCAUCCCAGAGGAGAUCCUCAUUCAUGGCAGAGACUUCCGCCUGCUUAGAGUUGGUUUUGAGACCGGAAGGCUAGAGCCUCAGGCCUUUCAGGUAACCAUGGCCAUCGUUCAAGCCAGAGCUCAGAGUAGUCAAACCCAGCAGUAUAGAGGAAUAACCCUGAGCCAAGCUGGCAAGGUUUCUGGCUCCAGAAAACCACCUAUUCCUCUCUUGGAGACUUUAGAAGACUGGGAAGCUGAGCGGAAGCAGCAGGGGGCCAGAGGCUGGAGGGUUAGCUCAGUCAAUGAGAGGUUCGACAUAGCUACCAGCCUCUCAGGUUACUUCUGGGUCCCUAAUCGAAUUCUGGACAGUGAGGUCAGAAGAGCAUUUGCCCACUUCCAUCAGGGCCGUGGACCGCGCCUGUCCUGGCACCACCCUGGCGGCAGUGACCUUCUCCGAUGUGGAGGCUUCUAUGUAGCCAGUGACCCUAACAAAGAAGACACCAGAGCAGUGGAAGCAAUGCUCCAGGCGGGGCACUCUGAUGUUGUCUUGGUAGAUGCUAUGGAUGAGAUGCCUAGUCUUGCUGAUACUCAACUUGCCCACCUGAAGCUGAGGGCCCUUUGCCUGCCUGAUUCAUCUGUAGCUGAAGAUAAGUGGCUCUCGGCCUUGGAAGGAACACGAUGGUUGGACUAUGUCAGGGCUUGUCUUCGAAAGGCCAGUGACAUCUCAGUAUUAGUGACGUCCCGGGUUCGUUCUGUAGUACUUCAAGAGCGUGGUGACCGCGAUUUCAAUGGCCUCCUCUCUUCACUCGUCCAGCUGCUUUUGGCCCCUGAAGCCCGGACACUGUUUGGUUUCCAGUCACUAGUGCAACGGGAGUGGGUGGCAGCUGGACAUCCCUUCCUGACCAGGCUUGGGGAAGCUGGGGCCAGCGAGGAGGCCCCGGUGUUUCCUCUCUUCCUUGACUGUGCCUGGCAGCUCCUCCAGCAGUUUCCGGCUGAAUUUGAAUUCUCCGAGUUUUUUCUUCUUGCUCUGCAUGACAGUAUCUGGGUUCCUGACACCCUCACUUUCCUGAGAAACACUCCCUGGGAGCGUGGCAAGAAGAGUGGGCAGUUCAACUCCUAUACACAAGUUUACACCCCCGAGUACUCCCAGUCCUUAGCUGGGAGCUCUGUUAACCUACAGCUGUCUGUCUGGGACUGGGAUUUACGCUACAGCAAGGAACAGAUAUCACAGUUCCUUAAUCCUGGCUACAAUCCGGAGCAUCGCCCAAAUUCUUGGCUCCCUAGACAACAGGCAAGCUUCAUGGUUCCGGGGCCCCCCAGUUCUGUGUGGCUGUUCUCUAGAGGGGCCCUGACACCCCUGAAUCAGCUCUGUCCUUGGCAAGACAGUCCCUCCUUGUUGGCAGUCUCUUCUCACUGGCUCUCUCGACCUGCUAGAUCCUCUGAAAGCCUGGCUGAUCAGGAAUGGGGGCUCCCUUCACACUGGGGAGCUAACCCUUUACCUCCUGGGUUACUUCUGCCUGGCUACCUGGGACCUCAGAUCAGGUUCUGGAGACGCUGCUACCUGAGGGCAAGGCCUGAGGUCCAGAUGGGCUCCUCAGCUCCCACAAUCUCUGGCCUCCAGGAUGAGCUUUCUUGUCUUCAGGAACUAUUAAAAAAAUUGACACCAAGAGUAUCUCCUGAGAAUCACUGCAAGAAGAGAGAUCCAAAUACCAUCCUCUCUCAGAUCCGCUGAAACUGCUAGCAUUCUCAAAGUCAGGGCAUGGGGAAUGUGGAGGGAGUUCUGCCCAUCUUUCUUAUUAUCUGACCUCAGUGCUAUAGCUUUCACAUUCCAGCCACAAAGGAGCUCACUCAGUGCGAGAGUUCCUGUAGCAGACAUGGUGCUACCAACCUCUGAUCCCCCGGCUUGUUUGGCUCUUGGAGCUAUUGUUUCUCUGGGAGAAUAAGAACAGAACCACUUGGAAAUGUUUCCUUUUUCCAGGCAAUUCCAUGCCCUUUAGAUGUCAAACUGUCAAAACCAGGAGAUCGGAGACACUUUAGUCAGUUCUAACAAGAUAUCCUAGAGACCUCAUUCUCAACCCCUCACCACUGCUUUGAAAUCCAGUUUUAGUCUUCUGUGGGAAAGAGUUGAACAAGGA